AAGAGCUUCCCACGUAAAGUAGACAUGUGUCCGCUGCAUUUCGCUUGUUUUUGAGAAGUAAACUAUAUUAACGGCUUUUCUUCGGAUACUACCACAUAUAUAAAAGGAAGAAGUAUGACGUCCUGUCGACGACCAGAGCAUGCGGCUCCUCCCGAUGUGUUUUACAAUGCAGAGGAGGCCAAGAAAUACUCUCAGAACUCUCGUAUGAUUGAGAUCCAAACUCAGAUGUCGGAGAGAGCCGUGGAGCUUUUGAAUCUUCCAGAGGGACAGCCGUGCUUCCUGCUGGAUGUGGGGUGUGGUUCGGGGCUCAGUGGCGACUACCUGACAGAGGAAGGCCACUACUGGGUCGGAGUCGACAUCAGCACGGCAAUGCUGGAUGUGGCACUGGACAGAGAGGUGGAAGGAGAUCUUCUAUUUGGAGACAUGGGCCAAGGGAUGCCUUUCCGACCAGCAACCUUUGACGGCUGCAUUAGUAUCUCAGCUCUUCAGUGGCUCUGCAACGCCGACAAGCGCACACACAGUCCUCCCAAGCGACUCUACGCCUUCUUUAGUACUCUCUAUUCUUCUUUGUCAAGAGGUGCCAGGGCUGUUUUUCAGCUCUAUCCUGAGAACUCGGAACAGCUGGAACUGAUCACAGCACAGGCCAUGAGGGCGGGGUUCAGCGGAGGCAUGGUGGUGGACUAUCCCAACAGCAGCAAGGCCAAGAAGUUCUUCUUGUGUCUGUUUGCCGGCGUGACUGGCGUCUUGCCCAAGGGUUUGUGCUCUGAAACCUCCGACAAGAACGUCACCAACCAAGUCCAGUAUUCAGGACAGAGAUGCCGCUUCAAAAACAUGAAAGGUAAAUCAGCUAAGAAGGGCCGAGAUUGGAUUCUGGAGAAAAAGGAGAGGAGGCGGAGACAAGGACGGGAGGUCCGGGCUGACACGAAAUACACAGGACGUCAGAGGAGACCCCAUUUCUAACUGUGACUCAUACAACUGGGCCUUCAUUAAUGCUCCUUCACACACUCGCGCGCACACACAUUCACACACACACACAUUCACCUCUAGAUUGGAUGGACUUUAUUCUUUUGAAAUGGAUAUGAUACUAUUGAGCCUUCAUUUUAAUGCCAAGGCCAAGUGAAGUGACGUGUACAGAAUACAGAGCCAACAGAAAUACAUCAUGAAUGUCCAAACUUG